CAGCGGCAGGAGCCGGCGGCUGCUGCGGAGGAUGCGAACUUUGCGCUGGCUGCUGCUCCCGCUGGUUACGGGAAUCCACCCAGAAUGCAAAAUAUUCCAGCAGGUGGUCAAAGAGGAGGCUCUCUGCUUGGAACACAAUGAAUCUGCCUCACCUGAUCUUAAAGGAUGUGCCAGAGAUUGGGAUGGUUUAACCUGCUGGCCCAGAGCCACUUUUGGGGAAGUGGUUAAAAUUCCCUGCCCACGAUUUUUUGAAGAAUUCACCAGUACACACGGUUUUCUUCAGAGGAACUGUACACAGGAGGAAUAUUGGUCAGAGCCAUUCCCACCAUACACCAUUGCCUGUGGCUUUGAUGAAGGUUCCAGUAAAGGACCUGAGGAUCAGAAAUCCUAUUAUUCUGCAUUUUGGCGUGUCUACACUGCUGGCUAUGCAGCAUCCGUGACUUCACUCAUUACAGCUCUAAUUGUCUUUGCUGCCUUCAGAAAAUUCCACUGCACACGGAAUUACAUCCACAUGCACCUGUUUGUCUCCUUUAUCUUGAGAGCAGUUGCUGUUUUCACCAAAGAUGCUGUUUUGUUUGCAGAUGAAACUAUGGACCACUGCCUCAUGUCAACGGUUGCUUGUAAGGCUGCUGUGGCCUUCUUUCAGUUCAGUAUUUUAGCCAAUUUCUUCUGGCUUCUCAUAGAAGGGAUCUACCUGCAAACCCUGCUGCUGCUGACCUUUGUUUCCAACAAGAAGUUUGUGUGGUGGUUCAUAUUUACUGGCUGGGGAGCUCCCACUGCUGUGAUGUUUGCUUGGGUCCUCACACGAAUCCAUCAACAGAACACUGGAUGUUGGGACGAUGAUGAAAAUGGAGUGGUGUUAUGGAUCAUCAAAGGCCCAAUCCUGCUGACUGUAUUAAUUAACUUUAUUAUAUUCAUUAAUGUGAUCAGGAUUCUAGUCCAUAAAUUGAAAUCCCAGGAGGGAGGAGGGAGCCAUUCAAGCCACUUUGUGAGACUUGCAAAGUCCACAUUACUUUUGAUCCCCCUCUUUGGGGUGCACUACAUUGUGUUUGCAUUUUUCCCAGAGAGCACGGGUCUGGAGGCUCGGCUUUACAUCGAGCUGGGCCUGGGCUCAUUUCAGGGUUUUGUUGUUGCUCUCCUAUAUUGCUUCUCAAAUGCAGAGGUUCAAACUGAGCUGAAGAAACAACUGUGCAAGUGGCAGUACCAGGAGUACCUGACCUUCACCCACAAGCAGGGGGCUUUGUCCAGGGAAACCAGCCCAGUCAACUACGUCACUCAGCUCUCCCUGCUGGACAAAAUCAGCCCCAAAAGGAGAACCUCUGUGCUCCAGGAUGGUGUCACCACUGUCUGAGGGGCUCCAGCAGGACCAGCUGCUGUCACACUGCAAUGUUCCACCCAUGAGGUGGCCAGCUGGGUCCUUCAUGGCUUUCCAUAGUGUUAGGAGCUAUCACCCCUAAUAAAUGAAGGGAUGGGACUAAGAACAUUAUUUUUGGGCUAAGAAUACUUUAUUGCUCAGAUGAACAUCAGUCUCAGAGGCUGUGAGAUUUUAGAGGAGCAAGCAGUUGGCCAUAGUUCAAAGUAGUCACAAGUUUUUUGUUACAAGACAAUACAGAACUUCCUAAUCCAAUAGACAGUUGUUAGAAGGUUUAUUUUGCUUUUCUGACCUAUCACCUUUACUUAAUUUUGCUGCACUACAGAUACUUUCAUCCAAUGGGCUUCUGUCACACUUGCAAACAUCAGCUUCUAUUACAACCUCUAAACUCUUAGUUUAUCCUAUACCACCACAGUCCUACAUUAUAAACCCUUCAAUCUUACCAAUACAGUUUUUUACUUGCUUAAGGCAUAUUCUUAUUUACAACUACAGAAACAUAAGUUUAUGAUUUUUCUACUUAAUGUCUCCGUACUUAUUUUUACAUCAAUCCAAGCUCCUUCCAAGGAUGCAGAUUAAACCCUUCUGGCUCUGUGGAAGUUUCUAUCUUUCUGUUUCCCACAAGGAGCCUCCUGUAAAUUCCAUGUCCUGAAAAGGAUCUGCUUUUCUCACCUGGCACAGAUCUGCAUCACAACCCUGUCUCUCUUUCUCCUAAAGCAUAAAACACCUUUGUUUUGUUGUGAAAAGCCAGACUUUGAGCUAGAGUGAAUUGACAGAUUAGCCAAAAAAAAAAACCCAACAAAAACCAACAACUAAAAAACCCAAACCCAAAAAAAAAAACAACAAAAACAAAUCAAACAAAACAAAAAAAAAAACAAUAAAAAACAACCAAAAGAACCCCAAACAAACAAAAAAAACCCCUCCAAAAGAUUAACUCCUCCCAGGCCCAGAAUGUUUGUCCUAUCUUUGUUAGCAUUUCGCAAAAUUUCCAGUUUCCAAGCCCACGAUUCCUAGCCAUCAUUUGAAAGGGUUACUUGCUGGCCAUGCCUUGCUGUAAUGAUUUCUGAUGUUUUACUACUGGUUUUGAGAUGUCUUCAGAUGAUCUAAUGGAAAUUAAGCACAGAAACCUGAAAAGCACUUACCUAUAGAACAGUAAUCUGCUUUAAAAGGAAACUCAAAGGGUCUUCAGUGACACAAAAAACUGACACAAAACACCUGCUUGAUUUGUUUUUUUCUUCUAAGCCUGUUGAACAGAGAUUAAAUUAGGCCAGAAGAUCCCAAACCUUUUCUUGUCCAAAGAAAAAUAUGGAGCAGCCAAAUCCUAGGGAGAAGAUGUGGUAAGGAAUAAAUCAAAGCAAACCCAAUGCCAGGUGCCAGCUGGGCUACCUUGUGCUCAGAAUGACUUACAGACCCAAUCUUAGUGCCAGAUGUUGGUUUUUCUGUGGGACUUCAAAACCUUGAAGAUCAAUCAGUGAGACAUCUAAAUAAAGGCUAAUUUUGUGCUUUUUGAGGACCUGCCUUUGAGGACUGAAGUCUCAGUCCCACCCAGCGUUUCUCAGCUCAUUGUCACCACAUCCAGUGAAGUGACAGAACUGAACAAUGAAUGAUCUGCUCAUUGCAGCCCCAACACACAAAGAAACGCAAGAGGCUCCUGACAGAUGAUUGCAGAAGUUGAAAAUGCAGGAAGUCUCUACAUCAGAAGUCCAAGAAAUAUCACCUUGGAAAUACUUGGGAUGGAGAAUCACAGAGCAAACAAUUGGGCCACAGAAUAAACAACUCAGAACCAAUGUCAACAAUUUCCAGGAUUUACAGUGGCUUUUAGGAGAAAUCUGCUGCUUCAAGCCAAUUUUGGGCAAGUUCACCAGUGAUGAACUUGCACGACUUUUCAACUUAUUGAGAGGAGACUGCAAGAUUAAAUCGCCCACAACCCUCACAGCUGAGGCCCUUCAACAAAGACAAGCACAUGGUUAUGCAAUGUCACAACCAUUUCUUCCUGCAGUGUUAGGAGAAAAAAUGCAAUUGUAUGGUCUCAUAUUUCAAUGGGACACCUCAAAGAGAGAUCCUUUGCUGAUAGUCAGAUGGAUUUUCUUAUCCUACAGAUCUUCAAAACCAAUUUUUACAAGGUUAGAGAUGACAGCUCAGAUCAUAAUCAGAGCCAGAGUGAGAUUGCUGACAAUGGCAGGUAAAUAUUCCACCUUUGGUUCAGGGAUCAGGAUGAACACCCAGCUGUGAGGGCUGGAGAAGCAGAGAGAGCCAGAGCUGUGCUUGCACCAUUCUUUGGGCGACCUUCCUCUUUCUUCAGGGCUGAGCUGAACUCCACCUCAACUUCUCCAAAAGCAAAGAAAAGGCACAGGAGGAGCAUGGGAUGGGUCAAGACAGCAGUAUUCCCAGGAGAACCUGCAGCAGGCUUGGAGAACACAGCCAUGCAUUCACUCUCUGAUUUCCAGUAUCAAUUCAGCUUUUAAAAAAAAACAGUAUUCCAGUCCCUCAGUUUGCUCUGCUCUUGGGUAAUUAUUUAGGUCAGGAAACAUUUGACUCCAGGAAAUCUCUUUGCUGAUUUUAGAUGCUUCAUCUCCAGUUCUAUUAGAGCAGAGGUGAAUUGUCCAGGCUUCUGUAAACAUGAUUCUAAUAAGUUAUUUAUUAAUUAGGCAUUCAACCCAUCUGUCACAAUGUCAUAUGGUUGUUGUAAGGAAUAAUUUUGUCUAUUCUGACUUUCUUAUCAGCUUUGCUUGUAAAAGUAA